AGCAAAAGUGGUCAAACUGUCAAGGUCUCUUCUUUACAACUCCCGACUACUUCAGAGUGUUGUUUCUUUUUACCUAGGACAGUUUUCAUCCCGAUGACGUGAACUUGUGGAGGAUUUGUCUCUUUUCUCCUGUUUACUCUGAUGGGGAACACGCCGGGAUUGCAGCCAUAUGGAGGCAAAGUCACCGCCAGAUGAUGUAAGCAUCUUUGCAGUGAUGCAGGUGAACAAACACCUGUGGUCCACAGAGGAUCAUAAGGAAUGCCCGCCCAUGACGACACAGAAGGUCCCUAAAGCAGCCAAACGUCACUAAAUUCUUCACCAUGACACCCAGAGGCAGAGUUCCUCCCUACAACCUCCUCAGCACUUUUUCUCCCGCCACCUCCGCGCCCUCGCCGGCCUUCUGCAGCAUCGACGAGUCGUACAAGUACAUCUUCCUCCCCAUCUGCUACUCCUUCACCUUCAUCUUCAGCCUCUCUCUCAACGCCGUGGUCCUAUACCGCUCCUUCCGCCGCACCAAGCGCUGGAACGCCUCGCUGAUCUACAUGGUCAACCUGGCCUCCACGGACUUCAUGUACGGCCUGUCGCUGCCCUUCUUGGUGGCCAGCUAUGUCAUGCGGGACCGCUGGGUGUUUGGGGACUUCAUGUGCCGGCUGGUCCGCUUCCUCUUCUACUUCAACCUCUAUGGCUCCAUCUUCUUCCUCACCUGCAUCUCCGUGCACAGGUACCUGGGCAUCUGCCACCCGAUGAAGGUCAUCACCCUGGAAACCAAGAAAGCGGUGAAGUGCACGUGCGUCCUGGUUUGGAUUGUCGUCUUUGCGCUCACCUGUCCCAUCUUCCGCUUUGCUCAGACGGGUCACCUGAACAGAGCGCCGGGACAACUGGGCAGCAACACGAGCGGUGCUGUCGACAGGUUAGCACUCGCUGCUAACGAAAGCCAUGUUGGCUUUGAGGAGUUCCAGAACUGUUGGGACGAUGCCAUUGACAGGGAAUUCUCCGAUUACGUCCCCUAUGGCAUUAUUCUCCACUUGUUGGGCUUCUUUGUCCCCUUCUCCAUCAUCGCCUGGUGUUACUCCCACGUGGUCCUCACCAUCUUCAAAACACUGCACUCUCGGCCUUCUUCCCGGCGAGGACAUGCCGGCGUGGACAAGAGGCCCCUCGGGAGACGAGGACACAACAAAAUGUCCAGGCCGCCGGGUAGGGAGGAAGGUGUUUCUGUUUUCUUGGGCGCCAACUCGCCUUAUGCCAGCCGCAGACGAAAAUCCAUCAGGACCAUCAUCACCAUCACCCUCCUCUUCGCCCUGUGCUUCUUCCCCUUCCACGUGACCAGGACCAUUUUCCUGCUCUUGAAGGUGACCAAGGGAGUUCCGUGCCGCACCAUGACCAUGGUGUCCAUGUGCUACAAGAUCACCAGGCCCUUGGCAUCCUUCAACGCCUGGCUCAACGCCCUCCUCUACUUCCUUACCAAAGACAAGGGCGGAGCACACUGCUGCCCCCCCACCAACGCUGCAAUGCAACACGGGGGGCCUCUGCUGCCCCUGAGGAUGAUGGGGAAGGGGGAGGAUGUUGAGGAGGGCCCUGAGGCCGUUCCACAACAGCUGGUCAUACACGAACAGAACAAAAGUCACAUAUUUGGUUGAGUGAUUUCACACAUGAAGAGGAAUGUUCUUCCACUUCUUAGGGCACCUUGUUCCUGUUUCGAAUCAUACUGAAGACAAUAUUAGAUGAACAGGAUCCAAAAAUUCCACUUGCUGAAUGCCUUCAUUUCACUUGUACACCACCUGUCAAAACUUUUCAAUGACAUUUUGGAGACUAAAACAUCCCUUAUAAUCAACAUUUGCGUAUUCCCAACAUGAUUACUAAUGAUUUUCUUCUCACCAUCUGUCACUGUGGCACAACAAUAUUAUGAAUGCUGCAAAAAUACUGACAAGCGUGAAUAAAUUUUGACCUCAUCUAAACAAAUAUUUUGUGGUUGAGGGACAUACUAAUGGGUAGAUUAGCUCUAUGUAAACUAUUCUCACCUUCUUAGUGUAAGGGUUUUCACUUUUGCUUGCUUUUACUUUACUUAGACCCGACAGGAGUAUUAAAGUCCUACUGAAACCCACUACUACCGACCACGCAGUCUGAUAGUUUAUAUAUCAAUGAUGAAAUAUUAACAUUGCAACACAUGCCAGUACGGCCUUUUUAGUUUACUAAAUUGCAAUUUAAAAUUUCGCGCGAAGUAUCCUGUUGAAAACGUUGCGGUAUGACGUCACCAGUUGUUGCGGACAUCUUUUUUCCCAAUCCAAGCUAUAAGUAGUCUGCUUUAAUCGCAUAAUUACACAGUAUUCAGGACAUCUGUGUUCCUGAAUCCUUUGCAAUUUAUUCAAUUAAUAAUGGAGACGUCAAAGAAGAAAGAUGUAGGUGGGAAGCGGUGUAUUGCAGCUGCCUUUAGCAACACAAACACAGCCGGUGUUUCCUUGUUUACAUUCCCGAAGGUGAAGCUUUACUAUGGAACAGAGCGGUCAAGCGAACAUGGUUCCCGACCACAUGUCAACCGGCAGGUUUCGGUGAGAAAAUUGUGGUAAUAAGUCGGCUCUUACCGUAGACAUGAGCGGAGCUUGCGUCCUCCUGCAGCUGCGGACUAUUACAUCUUCCCACCGGAGACACUGGCGGUCACAAACACCCGUGGCCACACCCUUCCGACUUUCAGGUACCAUAUAAUCUCACUAAAACACUAGUAACACAAUAAGCAGAUAAGGGAUUUUCCAGAAUUAUCCUAGUAAAUGUGUCUAAUAGCAUCUGAAUCGCUCCCACUGCCCUCGUCUUUUUUUUCUUCUUCAAGUCAUUCACACUCACUAUCCUCAUCCACAAAUCUUUCAUCCUCGCUCAAAUUAAUGGGGAAAUUGUCGCUUUCUCGGUCCAAAUCGCUCUAGCUGCUGGUGGCCAUAAUUGUAAACAUGGUGAGGAUGUGAGGCGCUCCACAACCCGUGACGUAACGCGCACAUUAUCUGCUACUUCCGGUACAGGCAAGGCAUUUUUAUUAGCGACCAAAAGUUGCGAACUUUAUCGUGAAUGUUCUCUACUAAAUCCUUUCAGCAAAAAUAUGGCAAUAUCACAAAAUGAUCAAGUAUGACACACAGAAUGGACCUGCUAUCCCCGUUUAAAUGAGAAAAUCUAAUUUCAGUAGGCCUUUAAAGAGAGU